AUCAUGGCGAUUCCCCCACCUAAUGGAAUGCAAUGUGUUGUGGAGUGAUCUAAAAAUCGAAUUUUCGGAUUUCGGGCCACGGUUUUUUCGGUAUCUAGCUCACUCCACACACACUAGCAUUGAUGGUAAUGCAUGCAAGCAAACAUCCGAGACUCAGUGAUGGGUUCCACGACAGGAACGAAGCCCAUCCUUUCCAGACUGUGGACAGAUAUCCCGCCAAGGGUCACAGUGGGAAAAGUGACAGCAACCAGGGCUCCAUGUCCAGCCGGCCCACUGACCACACUGACCAUGCUGACCAUCGAGACCGACUGCAACUCGCCAACAAGGACUCGCCCAACCAGCGGCCCACGACCAGCCCGGCCUCAAGGCAGUCCAACGAUCGGAGUAGCCCUCGUACGUAUCGGAGUAAAGAGUCCUACUUGCAGCGGCAGAGGGAGAAACAAAAAUCACUUGGUAGUUCACCAGCAGAAAAUGCAGUCAAUCACCAUGGAACCAACUCCCACGUCACAGAUCACGAGAGGCACAUCAAAACGAUCUUGGCAAAGGCAGGAGAAUGGACAGAGCACACCAGCUCAUCAGGGAAGAAGUAUUAUUACAACUGCAGGACGGAAGUGUCCCAGUGGGAAAAGCCAAAGGAAUGGAUGGAGAGAGAGAAACUUCAGCGAGCUCUUGGCUCUAAAGAGAGACCAGUGGCCAAGGAGUCGCCGAGACCAGCUCAGAGUGGAGAUGCAACACCUUCAAAAAGUGAUGCCAACAACAAGCAUUCCAUUGAGUCGUCCCAUGAGAAACCCACCCCUUCUCCUCACCAGCACCAGGCUACCAAUAGAUACCCAGACAGACCCUCCGGCCGACCCCAGGACCGGCCCCAGAGCAAACCCCAGGAGAGACCCGUCCUCAGACCCCAGGACAGACCCGCGACAACCAGUGCGGCCACGCUCUCCCGUGCGUACAGCUCCAACAGCACUCAGUCGCAGAAGCGGCCCUCGCAGUCUAACCAAACUCCUUACAGCUCCCUGUCCAGGAGUCAGAACGAAGGAGUGCGGACUGAGCGCGAUAGGAGACAUGAGAUGGACUACCCUCAUCACAGGGAACACUCUAAUGUUAAUGAUAAAGCCCGCAGCGGUAGCUCUGCUAGUAGCGGAGGUAACAGUAGCAGUGCUGGUGGUGGACUUUCUCUGGCCACUGAUAUUUAUGGCCGACUUAAACCACUUGUGUCCUACUCAAAGACUGAUAGAGAUCGUACAGAAUCCCCACGCGUGAGAACCACACCCUCCCCAGGCACGCCGACGGCCACGCCCUCUCCACACCUGUCUAAGCCUCACCACAACAACCAGCUCAACCAGCAAAGUCUCCACCCACCCGUAGCACAGAAGUUAUUCCCCGCCCACUCCCCGUCACUAGACAGACACGGGCAUCCUCACCACCAUAGCGACAGAGUCGACGAAGCUUUUGAAAGGCUGUCCAACCAUUCUCCCGUAUCUGUAGCGUCUGUCUCGGAUCUGUCCUCCCCGGCUGUCUCACAGCCAUCUCCACGCAACCAGGCCUCCACCACCCCACUGCUGGCCCAACCGCAACCUUCCUCGCACCCCUCGCAAUCCCGGUGUAACUCCCAGUCGCAGUCCCGCAGUUGUAACGCGCAGUCGCAGCCAGGGCCGCAGCCGGACUCGCGCUCGGCCACCCCAACAUCGGUGGCCCACCCGCCGGUCAAGUUGAGCGGCGUGUCAUCGGCAGACGUCAAGCAGGAACAGCCAACGCCGGAACUAGAUGCUGAGGAGCCAGUCGUGGAGAAUGAAGCCACUGUCGACAGUAAACAACUAAGUCCAAUUUCAACAAGUCCAACACCCAGCCAGACAUCGAGUCAGUCAGGCACAGGAGUGGCUAGCCUACCCACUACACCUCAGAAGCCUGCUGUCGCAACACUCACUCCCUCGUUGGCGCUGUGUUACACCGAGUCCUUAACGAAGCAUGUGACCGGCUGGUCAUCAGAGCUUAUGGACAGACAAGCCCAAAGGUUAUUUGAGGAGUCCCACACGCUUGGUGCAGAACUCUGCGCUAAGGUUUCAGCAGAUCUGAAGUUUGCACGGUCACUCGUCAGGGUAUCCGAGAUACAAGCUACAUUACAAGAACAGAGAAUAUUAUUUCUACGACAGCAAGCAAAGGACUUAGAGAAACUACGGAACGAGAACGCCUACAUGACGUAGUAUUAGCCCCCAUAGCAGCUGCUCGUGUCUGCUAGGUGAUUGUAUAUAACUACCGGUAUAUAGAACAUGAAAAAAAAAUGUUGGAAGGAAAUACUAAGGCAGCCACACAUAACAGGUAUUACUGUGAGAGUAUACUGAGUCUGGUGACCGGUAAGGCAGAGUGCUCGGAUCUAGGCAAGAAUAAGUUACACAGUGCAGGCAUGCAGCUAUUCCUCGGAUCCGCUGAUUUCCUCAAUUUUUUUUACUUCUCAUGAAUGCCAUUAAAAAUUGAAAAAUACUGUACAAAGUCUUGUUUCCUCAUUUUUUUCUAUAUUCCCAGUUGCAUGGCUGAAAAUGUAAUGUUCAAAUUCAGCUUAUGAUUAUUGGAAGUACUGACAGUCUUUGCUGGUCCCAUCCUAGUGUUCUCUUUGUACCCAUCUGACUCAUUGACUGACUGUCACUAGACAGCCGGGCAGUGCUGUCAUAUAGGAUUACCCUGUAACGCCAAUGAUGGGCCAAAUCUGAAUAGCCAUUCUGAGUCCAUUGAAUACAUUUUUUUGUGACCUGGACUUGCUUUACUAGACUGCCUUGUCUUGUUUUGCUUCAGUUGGCGUUAGCUUUUUCUGGUAACUGUUAAGCAGGUCCACAAAAUGUAGCCCCUGUAACAAUAAAUGGACUGUUCUGGAUUUGGCCUUAAGCCCCGCCCACUGUUAGUUUGUGUUCAUUUCUGUGGUCACCUGACCUAUAGUCAUGAUCUGAUUGGUCAAUGGACACUGUUUGAUCGACAGGCUGGGAUGGGCCAUUCCACAAUUACUGUGCCACACUGCCCUUAUCAUAAACUGUAUUAACAAUAUGUACAGCAAGCACUAGAUACGGGCUUUGGUUGUGCACAUUCUUUUGUGCAGUCCGCGAUGAGUAUUCUGCCUUGCCUGUCACCAUUUCCGUUAUUACGCCACAUCCACGCUUGACAUUUUGUUAAGUAGGUACAGUAAGCAAUUUAUAGUAAUUAUAGUGUUAAUUCUAUUUUUGUUUUGUUUAUUCUUUUUUUACCUGAUAGUUGGUGGCGUAAUAUUUUUUGUGUUCUUAUUUUGUCUUGUUCCGAUGUAUGUGAACAAGUGUUUCACCAAAUUAGGUGUAAAAUUUAUUGAUUCCCCUUCCACAUUCUAGACCCUCUUGUCUCUACAGUUCUCCGUCAUUAACCAAGCACAAUUUACUUCUUUAGUUUGCAACAACAUUUACGCAGAGAACAAAAAAGUGGUUAAGCGCAAUCAGGCCAAUUGCCAAAAAAAAAAAACCUGUUUUAGAAAGAUAUGCAUGUGACAUGACUUAUUCAAUUUUUUGGCAUUAUUCAAUGCAGCACUUGCAUCAAAUUCACGUAGCUACUCCGCAAAUAUUUUGUAUACUUUAAAUUUCCAUGAAAAUUGUUAUUGGUUUUGCUGGGCAAAAUACCCAUUCAUCGUAACCCUGCUAAAUGCAACAGAAAGCAACCAAAAUUUUUGCAUACUGUUGCAUUUAGCAGCCAAUUCAAGUCCAUAUGUUGUGUUGCAUCUUGUUGCAUUUAGCAGGGUAACUGCUCAUAGUGCCAAAGCAAUACAACAGAAUCCACUGUUGCAUUUGGUUGCAUUUAGCAGGGUAACUGCUUGGUGCCAAGGCUGGUAUGCACUGGGUUCACUGCACAAUGCAACAGAGUCCACUGUUGCAAUUUGUUGCGUUUAGCAGGGUUCUAUUUCAGCCAAGUUGCAUUUUGUUGCAUUUGGCAUGGUGCCUAGAGAAAACCUGUCGGGGGAUAGGGUUAAGCCCCACCCACUACACACGUGGGCAAUAGCACGCCAUUUUGCAUGUUCCAGCUCUGCGCGUCCUACGCACGAGCUUACAUGUCGGACUUUAGUCCACACACGUCGGAUCGGCUGUAAUUGGUCAAGGCGUCAUUAGGCAGGGCUUAAUUGAUCGAUCUUUUGAUGAGAAUGUUUAAAGUGAAGUUGAGGCACAUUCUCGUUUCAGUGAUUGAUUGUUGAAUUUGCAUACCCACGGUGAGGCUGCAUUAAUGUGUGUUGCAUUGUAGACAUAACAAACAUCCAAUAAUAUGCCGUCAUAAGGAUGUACUUUCCACAUGUACUUAAGGUGUCAUUUCCUUUGGAGGGGGGGGGGGGUGCAUGACAAUAUUGUUUCCCAUACAAUGGCAAUUCCUGUAGAAAAAAGGGGGUAGCUUGUCAUCUUUCACAUUCUAUUGAGCUCAAUGUUGAGUUUUGUUUGGUGUUUUUUUUUUGUGUGUGCAUCUUGUGAAUCAAUGGUGGGACCAUUAAUCUGACCAGUGCAGCUCACUUCUCACACUUUCAUAUUACCUCUUACAAAAACAUGUCAUUGAAAAGGGAGUGAUACGGCAUCUCUAUGGCUUACUGACAAAGUUUGAGUGUAUACUUUCCUUGGGUCUAAACAGAAAUUAAAAUUGUACUCAUAUCUUUGCUGCUUAACGAAAAAAACCUCUGUGGUGUUAUUCACAUUUUUCAAAGCGGCAGGACCUUUUAAAAACUGAUUUUAGUGAUAUCUGCCAAAUCUCUUUGCUGCUGCGUAGGCUGUAUUGGGCCCAGGAUCUCAAACUGUAAGCCAUUUGCUGAGUAUGCCUGUAUCUUUCAAAUCCAGACCCUUCAAAGCCAACUGUAGGUUUUUGAAGGAUUUUGUUGGAUUUAGGAAAGUAGAGCCCAGCUGUCAUUAUACUUACAUGUACAUGGCGAUAGAUGGCAAAAAAACGCUAUCAGAAAUACUUUGAAAGUAAUGCAUAAAGUGGACUACAUUUGUACGAUUUCAUUUUUUUUUUCAGCGCAAAUUGGACACCACCAUGAUGUUAUGCUGUUAUGUUUUUUUUUCCAUUUCAGUUACAUGUACAUGUACAACCAAACACUAACAAACUAAAACAUUAAAAUGUUUAUAAGGAACCUCUAUUUGCAAACCUUGUUACGAAGAGUCUUGGUUUUUUUUUUUUGCCAAUGGCAUUUGAGUCGGGGUCACUAGAGCUACUUGAAUUUUAGACACUUUAACAAAAUGUAGCAAUGCGGAGUGUAGAAGGGUUUUUACCGACAACAUGUCGAUACAUAUUCAUCAAUAAGUCAAAAUAUGUCAAAAUGAAAACCUGAGUAUGCUCAUUUUGUUACAUAUACAACUGUAGCAACAAAAUACAAUCAGAAAAGUUUGUCAGACUCAUUUUGUGUUCUCCAAUAACAUUUGUCCUGUGAAAUAAAUUUUAAUUUAAAUUUAUGUUAUUUUUUUAAUUUGGGUACAUGAAUCACACUUUGAACAUUUCUGGUAAAGUGAACGAGUAGCGUUUUCAGUUUUAAGAUCAAAUUACUAAUCUAUUGGCCUCCCAUAACAUUAAAAACUUCUCUCAAGCUGCACAUUUAAGAAUUGUUUGGAAUUCCAAUGUGAAGUGUGUGGUGCAGUACCUAAUGGGGGGAAGUAUUGCAGAGCACCAUGCGUAUGGCUUGAGUUAUAAAAUUGCUUAGUAAAACAAAAUCCAGCACUGCAAAUACUGAGACUGUUGUAAGCAAUUGGCUUAUGCAAAUCCUGGGAGAAACAAAUAAUACUACAGUGGCAGAACUGGCCAGAGUUACUUCUUGUUUUCUGUGAAUAUACAAAAAAAACACACCUAGUACACCCAAGCUUACUGUACCAGCUUAACGCAAGACGUUGUUGGCUUUUAUUAGCAAAGAAAUCCUGUACUCGCUGUUCGGUAUACAUAUUUUGUGCUUUGUAUUUUGAAGAAAAUACUCUCACUGCUUCUGAAUGUGUGCACUCUCGCCAUGUUCAGUUAGUACCAAAACAAUUUUAAAAUGUAAACCCAAAUUUUAUGAUCUUUGUAAAAAAAAUAAUGGAAGUUUUGGUUUGUGCUUCAGUUGAGCAGUUGUUGAACUUGAGUAUACUUAUAUGCAAAUGUGAUAAAUUAAAGCCCCCCUGUGAAAAGGAGUUAAGUAAAAAUAAGUAUCGUUUGCAAGGCAGGUUUUAAGCACUUACAUGUUUCUGUACAUGAAUCUAUUAUGUGAUCACUGUUAAUUGUGAGACACCACAAGCAUUGCGGCAGCGAUAUUAUUCCAACCAACCGUCAGUCUCACAGAUAUAGUCAAGCAACAUACAUGUACAUGUACUCAGUUUCACAUACAUUGUCCACUAGCUUCCUAGUUUACUCUAUUUCAGUUUACUUUUGGCAAAGUAAAAAUACAGGCUUCAGUUUUGAAGCUGAUCAGUGCAUUUAGUUGAUAAACAGUAAGGGAAUGCAUAUUCAUUCGCAACCAUACAGCCUUAGAUCUAAUUAUUAACUUAUCAAAAAGGGUUGUCACAUGAGGACUAAUCAAAAAUAGUCACUACACCCCCCCCUUUCCUCCCCACCCCCCCCCCAAAAAAAUCCAGUUUUUCCCACAGCACACUUCGCACACUUGUGUCCAAUUUAUCAAUGUACAACUUUUACACUAUCAUUUCACAUGGAAAGUUAUGUAUAUUGUGUGCAGUAGAAACAUUUGUUGGCUGUCAUAAUAUAAUAAAACUUAGGGAACAAUUUUUUUUUGGGGGGGGGGGGGGGUGGGGUGGAUGGGGAGGGGGGUAAAUAUAGAUAAAUCACAGAGAUUUAUGUUGAAGAGGUUCUACCUCAUUUUUGAUCAGAUUUGUUGGCACUUACUUUGUGUUGUAUUUUUCCUAUCCAAACAGACAGAUUUUAUCCCAAAAAUAGUAUAUUUAAUUGUCAGCUGUUGUUUCACAAGGUGAUGUUUACACACAUGAUUUUUUGCCACAUCAAAAUAUUUUCUUCAAUACUUAAUUUCACCAUAAAGUGGUGGUAAAACAGGGGCAAGACCUCUGAAAAAAAAUAGCUAAUUGUUGCGUGGCAAUUUCGCAAAACUAAAUAAAGAUAAAAUUUUGGUUAAUCUGGCUCGAUCGCUUGUCAAUUUGAAUGACAUUGGAAAGCCAGAAAAACCAAAGUGGUUCAGAAUUGAAAUUUCUUUUGUAUGAUGUUUAAGAUGGCUUUAAAAUUGUUUUGUUUUCUUUUUUGUUUUCAUUUUGUUCCUGGUUAGUAUUAUUGCUGGGCUACACGAUGUCAUGUGCAACCUUUUGUUAAAAUUUAUCAUGCCAAAAUAAUUACAGGUAAUUGUGGUCAGGAAAAUUAAGUAUGGGUAGCGCAUUGGAAUAGUUUAAGCAUGGAUGCUUGCAAACACUGUCUAAACAGACUGCAAGCAAUCAUGCAGGUAGAACAAUAUCUGAUCGUGUGUAAGUUUUCCAGCGUAACAAAUAUAAUGUGUAGUUGAUGUGGGAAUGUAAUACAUCAACAUGAGUUACAUGAUAAUGUUGUUUUUUUUCCUGUGGGGUUAUCUAGGUCCCCAGCUAUCUUCAGUGGAAAUCUGAAGAGAGAACGAUAUGGGGGGAAAAUGGCAGUUGUUUUGUAGCUAGCAUAAAGAAUUUCUCUUUUAUAUAGGUUCUUUGUUUGCCAUUUGUUAUGUAUAAAUCAAGCCGCCUCCGACAUGAAAACAAAAUAAAACUGUAAUUAUGAAAUUCAUUAA